GGCUGCUCUGACAGCAGGAAAGUAGUGAGGAGGCGUCCGUCCGUCCGCACACGAACAAACUGGGAAAACACGCCGAAGGGACGAACGUCCCGUUUAAAGACGGAGAUCUGAGCGAAUAAACCACCGGGCGGAUUUUAAAAACUACUUUACCUCCGUUUCGGAGGCUUGAGGACGGUUUCAGGGCGACUCUGUGGAUCCAGUCCGCAGUGAGAAGCGCUGUUUGGGGGCUGAGGCACCAGCAGGGGAGGGAGGCGGGGCGGGGGGGACUUUCACAAGGCAAGGCUAGGCUAGGCUAGGCUAGUUAGCACGCUAGGCUAACAGCUUCAUCCUCCUAGAAACACCGAUCUUUGGGAAGAUUAACAGCAGCCUGGAGUUAAAACGGCGGCUCCGGAAUCACCCGAAGAGAAAGAAAGAACGAUCUCCGCGCCGGAAAACCUGUUGCCUGGCAACGUUAGCGCAGCUAGUUAGCAUAGCUAGUUAGCUCCUCAGCAGGGAUGAAGCUAAACACAUCAACAGGCAGGACUUAACUCACAUUUACACGCUAACACAAAGCCAUUAGACAUUAAUUAGCAUUUUAAUUAAGUCGUGCGGCUAAAGGCGCCUGCUGCUGGUUUCUGAGACUUUCAUUUGUGAUUUAUUUCUGUUUUUGUCGGGUUUUUAUUUUUUAUUUUUUUACUUCUUGGGCUCAGCUAACUUUUAAUUUCCGAGCUGUCGGUGGGCGUGUUGUUAGCAUGGAGGCUCGGCAGCCCGGCAGCAGCAGCAGCAGCUCGGAGCGGUUACAUAACGCAAGCAGGUCGCGGGAGAAGCUGCUGAACGUCCCCUCCUCAGCCCGGCUCUGACAGACAGACAGGUACACAGACAGACGGACAACAACACUGCAGCAUGGAGGAGGUCUGAACCUGCUGGGAUACAAACUCAACACGGAACAUUUAGCUGAAGAUGGAUUCAACUCCGCUGAUAAACGCCAUGGAUCCGUCCAUCACGCUGUGGCAGUUCCUGCUCCACCUGCUGGAGGACCAGCGGCAGCGACACCUGAUCUCCUGGACGGGUGAGGACGGAGAGUUCAAGCUGCUGGACGCCGAGGAGGUCGCACGGCUGUGGGGGCUCCGCAAGAACAAGCACAACAUGAACUACGACAAGCUGAGCCGAGCACUGAGAUACUACUACGACAAGAACAUCAUAAAGAAGGUCAGCGGUCAGAAGUUUGUCUAUAAGUUCGUCGGUCAGCCCGACCCCUCGCUGCCUGAGGGGCCACGCAACGGCGAGGAGGGCCAGAGGAGGGACAACGCCGACCCAAACGGCCAAUCAAAAGGCCAGGGGGGCGUGGCCUCAACCUGUCCGUCGAAGGGCUUACCCCAGCGCUCGUCGCCCUGCGGCUCCCAGAAAAGCUCCCGGAACGACUACAUGAAGUCCGGCCUCUACUCCACCUUCACCAUCCAGUCUCUGCAGGCCUCUCCCAACCCACGGCCAAUCAAAACAGAGCUGCUGCUACAAGACCCCGCCCCCAAGGUGGAUCGCACUGCCAGAGAGGUCUGUGUGUUAUCAGAGGCUAAAUCCCCCCCGUCAGCAGGCGGCGGCGUGGACUCUGCUCUCCAGGUGAUCGUCACUCAGGCGUCCCCGUGUCCCACUCCGGCGCUCAGCCCCCAGAUUCCGGCGCCCAGCCCCCAGAUUCCGGCCACCAGCCAGUCGCAGAAUCCUCCCGCUCCUCCUCUAAACGACCCUCCUCAGAUUUACCUCACCAGGGUCGGGGAUCCGUCCUCGCUCACCCCCCUCAUUCCCCUGGGUCCUGUCGGGGGCUCGGUGAGUCCUGUCCCGCCACCCCACAUAUCGGUGGGGCCGCAGCAGGACGACUGCGGUGGAGUCACCAGCUCCGGCUUCCCGCCUCACUCCCUCUCUGCUCCUCACCCCCCUCACCCCCAGCCUGUCUUCGUCAUCAUCAACCCCCCUCCCUCCCAGCAGCAGCAGCAGCAGCAGCAGCAGCAGGCGGCGGCCGUGGUGGCUGCUCCUCUCGCUGUCGCUCCUCCUCCCCCCUCUGUUCCUCACCCGGUCCGUCCCCCUCCUCCCCCCAUCGUCAUCAAGGAGGAGACCCUGCCGUCAGAGGAGGAGCUGCUGAAGAUGGUGUCUCUGGAGGAGAAACAGGCGGAGGAGCUGAUCUGCGAGUCAGGAGAACCAGAGCCCCCCCUCACCGUCGUGGAGACCCCGCCCCCUCCCUGCCUGGAGCCCGGGGCCAGAGGCCAGCAGCCUGCAGGGGAGUCCGGAGCGGAGGUGACGCUAACAGAUCCAGUCCCGUCCUCCCCGGCGGCCACUCCUCCGGUGACCUCCGCCUCGGACGCCGUUCCUCCAAAGCCGAAGAAGCCACGGGGCCUGGAGCUGCCCUCCUCCCCCUCCCUGCCCCCCGGCCUCUCGCUGGAUAAGGUGAACGCAGCUGUUAACAGUUUAUUGGCUCCUGGAUCAGCGACCAACACGCUCACCCCGACUGUCAUCACCUCCCACUCUCUGACUCCGGUGCUGCUGACUCCCAGUCCUCUUCCCUCCACCAUCCACUUCUGGAGCACGCUCAGCCCCAUCGCUCCUCGCUCCCCGGCCAAACUCUCCUUCCAGUUUCCCACCAACGGCAGUAACCAGAUCCACAUCCCGGCUCUGAGCGUCGACGGCCUCUCCACCCCCGUGGUCCUGUCCCCCGGCCCCCAGAAACCCUGAGCGCCCCGCCCGCCUCGCACAGCUCCUCGCUGGGCACAGAGCUCGCCUUCGCCUCCGGGAGGGUCGGAGGAGGCCGCCUGGACUGAUUCUGAAACUUCCACAUAGUUUUUUGGGGCGCUGUCGCCCGACCGGUAAGACUGGGAGAGUUGGUGGUUUAUGGGGACCUUUCGCUGCUGGGGAGUCGUCGCCCAGACCAGACAAAAGACCCGGUUUGUGAACGUCGGAGAGGCCGGAGCCUCCGAACGCCUCUGCUGAACAUUUAGCCGGUGCAGAGAGCAGCUGGGUGUCGGGCCUUCAGCCUCCUUCGUUUCUGUAUCGGCACUCGAACACUUGGACGAGGGGAAAGAAACAGAAAUCUGAUCUAAAGAGUGUUUCUCUUCCUCUACGGACGGCGUUCAGCUGGCGGUCUGUAAACUGUGAAAAAAAGAAAAAGUUUAUAACUGGAA